AGGCCCAAACACUAAGUAACCCAGGCUGAUGCUGGAAAACAAGUUUGUAGUUACUCAUUAGCAGGGGGAAGGGUCAAGGGUCAAGGCAAGGGGGCUGGAAGCCGAGUGGACCGACCACGCGGCCUGCAGGGGAGAGAGCAGUUAAGGCACCAGCCACUCCAGGAAAAGCACCAGUUCCUUCCUGCCUUAAAGAUGUUCCACCAAAUUUGGGCAGCACUAUUCUACCUUUAUGGCAUUCUUCUUAACUCCAUCUACCAAUGUCCUGAGUACCAUCAACUGACAACUCAAGAAGUGGAUGGGAAAGAGUUCCCAGAGCCCCACCUGGGCCAGUGGUACUUUAUCGCAGGGGCAGCUCCCACCAAGGAGGAACUGGCAACUUUUGACCCGGUGGAUAACAUUGUCUUCAACAUGGCUGCAGGCUCUGUUCCCAUGCAGCUCCAGCUUCGUGCUACCAUCCGCAUGAAAAAUGGAAUCUGUGUACCCAGAAAAUGGAUCUACCACCUGACUGAGGGAAGCACAGAUCUCAGAACUGAAGGCCGCCCCGACAUGAUGACCAAGCUUUUCUCUAGCUCGUGCCCAGAUGGAAUCAUGCUGAAGGAGACGGGUCAGGGCUACCAGCGCUUCCUCCUCUACAAUCGAUCACCACACCCUCCGGAGAAAUGCGUGGAGGAAUUCCAGUCCCUGACCUCCUGCCUGGAUGCCAAGGCCUUCUUACUGACUCCCAGAAAUCAAGAAACCUGCAACCUGACCAGUAACUGACCUGUGGCUUCCUUUGUGGCCUCGACGGACACCGCAAGAGCGGAGAAUGUGGUAGGGGAGAUGCUAAAGACUCCUGGCCCUUUCAAGGGGAAUAAAGAUGGGUUUUCAAUCUUGA